CAUGUCAACGAACAGGAAUCUGAAAACCUCUCUGAUGCUGAGGAGAGAUGUGAAGGGCUCAUCAAAAGCAAGAUCCAGCUCGAGGGCAAACUCAAAGAGACAACCGAGAGACUGGAGGAUGAGGAGGAAAUCAAUGCUGAACUGACUGCCAAGAAGAGAAAACUGGAGGACGAAUGCUCCGAGCUUGAAAAAAAAGACAUAGAUGACCUGGAGCUCACCUUGGCAAAAGUGGAGAAGGAGAAACAUGCAACAGAGAAUAAAGUGAAAAACCUGACAGAGGAGAUGGCCUCUCAAGACGAGAGCAUCGCCAAGCUGACCAAAGAGAAGAAAGCCCUCCAAGAGGCACACCAGCAGACUCUUGAUGACCUUCAGGCAGAGGAAGACAAAGUCAACACUCUGACUAAAGCUAAGACAAAGCUUGAGCAGCAAGUGGACGAUCUUGAGGGCUCAUUGGAGCAAGAGAAGAAACUUCGUAUGGACCUUGAGAGAGUCAAGAGGAAGCUUGAGGGUGAUCUGAAACUGGCCCAAGAGUCCAUAAUGGACCUGGAGAAUGAAAAACAGCAAUCAGAUGAGAAGAUCAAAAAGAAGGAUUUUGAGAUAAGUCAGUUUCUCAGCAAGAUUGAGGAUGAACAGUCUUUGGGAGCACAGCUUCAGAAGAAGAUCAAAGAACUUCAGGCCCGUAUCGAGGAGCUGGAAGAAGAAAUUGAGGCAGAGCGAUCUGCUCGUGCCAAAGUAGAGAAGCAGAGAGCUGAUCUUUCCAGGGAACUUGAAGAGAUCAGCGAGAGGCUUGAGGAAGCUGGUGGUGCCACUGCUGCUCAGAUUGAGAUGAACAAGAAGCGUGAAGCCGAAUUCCAGAAGAUGCGUCGUGAUCUGGAAGAGUCCACCUUGCAGCAUGAAGCUACAGCUGCAGCUCUCCGAAAGAAACAGGCAGACAGUGUGGCUGAACUCGGAGAACAGAUCGACAACCUCCAGCGGGUCAAGCAGAAGCUGGAGAAGGAGAAGAGUGAAUACAAGAUGGAGAUUGAUGAUUUGUCAAGCAACAUGGAGGCUGUGGCUAAAGCAAAGGGUAAUUUAGAGAAGAUGUGCCGCACUCUUGAAGACCAGCUAAGUGAAAUCAAGGCCAAAAGUGAUGAAAAUAGUCGCCAGCUGAACGACAUGAAUGCACAACGAGCAAGACUUCAGACUGAAAAUGGUGAAUUUAGCCGUCAGCUGGAAGAGAAAGAAGCUCUUGUUUCACAGUUAACUAGAGGAAAACAGGCUUUUACUCAGCAAAUUGAAGAUCUCAAAAGACAUGUUGAGGAAGAAGUCAAGGCCAAGAAUGCUCUGGCCCACGCGGUUCAGUCUGCACGCCAUGACUGUGAUUUGCUCAGAGAGCAGUACGAGGAGGAGCAGGAGGCCAAAACUGAACUCCAGCGUGGAAUGUCUAAAGCCAACAGUGAGGUGGCCCAGUGGAGAGCCAAAUAUGAGACGGAUGCCAUUCAACGCACUGAAGAGCUUGAGGAAUCCAAGAAAAAGCUGGCACAGCGUCUGCAGGAUGCUGAAGAAUCCAUUGAGGCAGUGAACUCCAAGUGUGCCUCUCUGGAAAAGACCAAACAGAGACUGCAGAGUGAAGUAGAGGACCUCAUGAUUGAUGGGGAGAGGGCAAAUGCAUUGGCUGCCAACCUUGACAAGAAGCAGAGAAACUUUGACAAGGUCCUAGCAGAGUGGAAACAGAAGUAUGAGGAAAGCCAGGCUGAACUAGAAGCUGCUCAGAAAGAAGCUCGUUCUCUCAGCACUGAGCUUUUCAAAAUGAAGAACUCCUAUGAGGAAGCUCUUGACCACCUCGAGACCCUGAAGAGGGAGAACAAGAAUCUGCAACAGGAGAUUUCUGACCUCUCUGAGCAGCUUGGAGAGACUGGAAAGAGCAUUCAUGAGUUAGAGAAAGCCAAGAAGACAGUGGAGUCUGAGAAAGCAGAGAUCCAGACUGCACUAGAAGAAGCUGAGGGCACCCUGGAGCAUGAAGAGUCCAAGAUUCUCCGUGUGCAGCUGGAGCUGAACCAGGUGAAGAGCGAGAUCGACAGGAAGCUGGCUGAGAAGGAUGAGGAGAUGGAACAGAUCAAGAGGAACAGCCAAAGAGUGUUGGAUUCCAUGCAGAGCACUCUGGACUCUGAGGUCAGGAGCAGAAACGAUGCCCUGAGAGUCAAAAAGAAGAUGGAGGGAGAUCUGAAUGAGAUGGAGGUCCAGUUGAGUCAUGCCAACCGCCAGGCUGCUGAGGCCCAGAAACAGCUCAGGAACGUCCAAGGACAACUCAAGGAUGCCCAACUGCACCUUGAUGAAGCUGUCAGAGGACAGGAGGACAUGAAGGAGCAGGUGGCCAUGGUGGAGCGCAGGAAUGGCCUGAUGCAAGCAGAGAUUGAGGAGCUGAGAGCUGCACUGGAGCAAACAGAGAGAGGACGCAAAGUGGCUGAGCAGGAGCUGGUGGAUGCCAGCGAGCGUGUGGGACUGCUGCACUCACAAAAUACGAGUCUUAUUAACACCAAGAAGAAGCUUGAGACUGAUCUGGGCCAAGUUCAAGGUGAGGUGGACGAUGCAGUCCAGGAGGCCAGAAAUGCAGAGGAGAAGGCCAAGAAGGCCAUCACUGAUGCUGCCAUGAUGGCUGAGGAGCUGAAGAAGGAGCAGGACACAAGUUCUCACCUGGAGAGGAUGAAGAAGAACAUGGAGGUGACUGUCAAAGACCUGCAGCACCGUCUGGAUGAGGCUGAGAGUCUGGCCAUGAAGGGUGGAAAGAAACAGCUCCAGAAACUGGAGUCCAGGGUGCAUGAGUUGGAGGCUGAAGUUGAAGCUGAACAGAGACGUGGAGCAGACGCUGUGAAAGGAGUGCGCAAAUAUGAAAGGAGAGUGAAGGAGCUCACCUACCAGACUGAGGAAGACAAGAAGAAUGUGACUCGACUGCAGGAUCUGGUAGACAAGCUACAGCUGAAAGUGAAGGCAUACAAACGCCAAGCUGAAGAAGCUGAGGAGCAGGCCAACACUCACCUGUCCAGGUACAGGAAGGUGCAGAAUGAGCUGGAGGAGUCUCAUGAGCGCGCGGACAUCGCCGAGUCCCAGGUCAACAAGAUGAGAGCCAAGAGCCGUGAAGCUGGGAAGACUAAAGCUGAAGAAUGAAGACAAGAAACUACACAUACAAGCAAGCUUAUGACUGACUUGUGCUGAGUUCUUAUGUGUCCAUUAAAUGGCAGAGUUUGA